UCAGAGGUCACGUGAUUAAGCGAUGGAGGAGGUUGGGAAUCGAACGUUUGCAUUGUUAAGCACAAAAAAUGAUUGGAAAAAUCGCAAAGAACUGUGCUCUAUUCUUCACAAUUUAAAGAAAAUCGUCGAAUACCUGUUAACAACAGAAACAACCAACGUUUGGAAUACAUACGGUGGAUUAGAGAAGGUCUCUUCUUGUUUAGAAACAGUUUUAUAUCAUGGCUUAAAAAUCGAUUCAGGUGGAUCGAAGGAUUUUUGGCAUUACGCAAAAUCCAUCCAAUGCCUUCGUCCAGACUUGGCUGUAGGAGUUAAUUAUCAUAAUCAUACGAUUCCUUUAAGUUUUGAUUGGUUACGCCAAAGCCUACUGCAACAUAAACUAUCUGCACAAUUAAAAGCUCUUAUUCCUUCAGAAUAUACUGAAAAGUUUUACGAAGAUUACGCUCUCCUUCGAAAUGAGGAUUACGUUAAUGCUUUGCUGAUUUGUCUAAAAGCAAUUGAACACAAUAAUUGUGCCAUUCUCGCAGAUAUCGAUCCACUCUUGUUACACUUACCAGAAGCUUAUCAUCAAUUACAUUUCACUUCAACCCCAUCACCGGCUCAUCAAAUUGUUACCAGUGAGAGGAGGGAAUCACGAGGUACCUUAGUUGAUGAGAAAGAAUUUCCCAUCGCACGUUUUGAAACCGUCCAAAAAAUAUUUGAAAAAUAUAAAGAAAGGGAUUAUCAACUUCGAAGAAAACUCUCCCCUCCGCCACCUCCUUCCGAGAUUAAGUUAAAGUUUGGACAUAAAAGGUCUAAAAGUGACGUUAGCCAUUCUCAGGGAAGACAAGUAAAUUCCGAUUGGAAUAGAACUAAAGCCAUAGCUUUGAGAAGAUCUUCGGUGCUUACUAAUAGCUUAGAAACUGGACUCAAUGCUUAUCGAGAAACCGAUCUAAGUAACGGCUCUUCUCCAUCUUUAAAGGACUUCCUAAAAAUUCAGGAUACUUAUGCAGGGACUGAUUUAGAUAGAGAAAAUGCUCAUUUCUGGAUCUGUGAAGCGGUCAUCGAAGCCAUUGAAUUGAUGAAAUGGAAAAGAACGUCAACAGAUAACGAUGCUGAAGUACCUCAUUUUAAGCAGAGAAUACGGAUAAAGAAAGAGAGGAAUUUAUGGAAACCUAAAAAUAACUUAACUUUAUCUGACAAUAGUUUUAAUGCUACAAGCUCAACCUCAGGCAGUUACGAUGAUAAUAGCAUUAUAAUUGAAGAUGAGGCAUCAAAUCAAUCAUUACGAGAAAGUGGACUUAGUUCUUCUAUGGGAUCUCUAUUUUCCGAUGAAGAUCUUCACAGAGGAGAAGCAGCUAGAACAAUAGAAAAAAAUCGAGUUACUUCCGAUCAACUAUGUGCGGAAAGUGUUGCAAUAAGUCUGUUAAAAAAAUAUAGGGAAUGUGAUCUGCCAAGAGCAUCUGAUCUGGAAUGGCUAGUCUCAGAACAGGAUGCUCCACAACAACUUUUACCACUUCCAAAUUCUGUUUCAGUAAGCGCUGACGAUGCGCUUUCUCGGAGGACUCGAAUACGAGGGACUCCUGAUUGGGCACCGCCUAGACAGCAAUUAAUUUAUAAUAGUUAUACUUUACCAAAAAAAAAAAAUGAAAGAAUGAUUAUGCAAAAUUGGCGUUGUAUUGGGUGUGGAUCAAAAGUAAAUGAAGCCUAUUUUCCAAGAAUGAGAUUCUGCUAUUAUUUUGGAAAAUACUUCUGUCCUUGUUGCCAUAGUAAUUCUACAUUUUAUGUUCCGGCAAAAGUAGUAAGGGGAUGGGAUUUUAACCAGUACCCAGUGUCGAAUUUUGCACAUGACCUAAUCAAGAGAAAUAUGGAUAAUAUUGAAAUUUGGUCAUUCAGCAUUAAAGUGUGGAAUGCAUCACUGUAUAAGAAGGUGAAACGACUGAGAGACGUCUGGAGGCUAAGGAAACAACUUAUGAAUAUACAUGCAUUUAUUCUUACCUGUCGAUUUGCCGAAAAAGAAGGGGUAAAAGUUCAACUAGAACAAUGGAAACGCUAUUGGUAUCAUGUAAUAGAUGACUAUACUUUGUUAGAUCUUAUUAAGAUUCAUUCAAGAGAAAUACAAUAUACACUUAACAAUACUGUUCAAACCUGCAUAAAACACAUUGAAAAUUGCAAAUUAUGCCAAGCGAAAGGUUUUAUUUGCGAAUUUUGUCGGUCAAGUGAAGUUCUUUUUCCAUUUCAAACAAAAAAAGUCAUAGUUUGCGAAGCAUGUAGAGCGUCAUUCCACAAAGCCUGCUAUGAUUCAACAAAGUGCCCUAAAUGCUUUCGACAAUCAGCUAAAAAACAUGCAAGAAAUGCAUCGAAUGCUGAAAGAGAUCGCUCUUGCGAUUCAGACAACUAA